CAGCCGACCCGCCAGCAGUUCAUCGGGCUCCUCGCUCCCAGCUCCGAGCCCAGGACCGCUCCCCGCUCUCUGCUCCCCGACGCCGCAGCACAGCACAGCGCAGGGGUCCCCGACAGACGGACGCAUCACCUCCCGGCUGCCCCGACCUCGCGGGCGCCCUCCUCCAGGGCUGAUCAUUAACCCGGAGGCCUUAUAAGGACCCAGUGGCCUCGGAGGGAGGGACACCUGGUCGCCACCGCAGCCAUGGCCAGUACCACCUGGAGCCCCACGACCGCCGUCACCGAGGCGCCCCUCGCGCCCCACGAGCGCAUCCGCAAUGCGGCCGACAUCUCCGUCAUCGUCAUCUACUUCGUGGUGGUGAUGGCUGUCGGGCUGUGGGCUAUGUUUUCUACUAAUCGUGGGACCGUUGGAGGCUUCUUCCUGGCAGGACGAAGUAUGGUGUGGUGGCCGAUUGGAGCUUCUCUCUUCGCCAGUAACAUCGGAAGUGGCCACUUUGUGGGGCUGGCCGGGACAGGAGCAGCUGCAGGCAUUGCCACCGGGGGCUUUGAAUGGAAUGCCCUGAUUUUUGUGGUUGUGCUGGGCUGGAUAUUUGUCCCUAUUUACAUCAAGGCUGGGGUGGUGACGAUGCCAGAGUACCUGAGGAAGCGAUUUGGAGGCAAACGAAUCCAGAUAUACCUCUCCGUCCUGUCCCUGUUGCUCUACAUUUUCACCAAGAUCUCGGCAGACAUCUUCUCUGGGGCCAUCUUCAUCAACUUGGCCUUGGGCCUGGAUCUGUACCUGGCCAUCUUUCUCUUAUUGGCAAUCACUGGCAUUUACACCAUUACAGGGGGCCUGGCGGCUGUGAUUUACACGGACACCUUGCAGACGGCCAUCAUGCUUGUGGGAUCUUUCAUCCUGACCGGGUUUGCUUUUAAUGAAGUGGGAGGGUACGGGGCCUUCAUGGAAAAGUACAUGAACGCCAUUCCGACCAAAGUUUCUGACGGAAACAUCACCAUCAAUAAGGAAUGCUACACGCCCAGGAACGACUCCUUCCACAUCUUCCGAGACCCCCUCAAGGGAGACCUGCCGUGGCCGGGGCUCAUCUUUGGGCUGUCCAUCCUCGCCCUGUGGUACUGGUGCACGGAUCAGGUCAUUGUGCAGCGCUGCCUGUCAGCCAAAAACAUGUCCCACGUGAAGGCGGGCUGCGUGAUGUGUGGGUACCUGAAGCUGCUGCCCAUGUUCCUCAUGGUGAUGCCAGGAAUGAUCAGCCGCAUCCUGUACACAGAUAAAAUUGCCUGUGCUCUCCCCUCGGAAUGUGAGAAAUAUUGCGGCACCAAGGUUGGCUGUACCAACAUCGCCUACCCGACCAUGGUGGUGGAGCUCAUGCCCAAUGGGCUGCGAGGCCUGAUGCUGUCAGUCAUGUUGGCGUCUCUCAUGAGCUCCCUGACCUCCAUCUUCAACAGCGCCAGCACCCUCUUCACCAUGGACAUCUACACCAAGAUCCGGAAGACAGCAACGGAGAAAGAGCUCAUGCUUGCAGGAAGAGUGUUCAUCCUGGUGCUGAUUGGCAUUAGCAUCGCCUGGGUGCCCAUCGUACAGUCAGCACAAAGUGGGCAGCUCUUCGAUUACAUCCAGUCCAUCACCAGUUACUUGGGACCCCCCAUCGCAGCUGUCUUCCUGCUUGCUGUUUUCUGCAAGAGAGUCAAUGAGCACGGAGCCUUUUGGGGACUGAUCAUAGGAUUUCUGAUUGGGUUGUCCCGUAUGAUCGCCGAGUUUGCUUAUGGAACCGGGAGCUGCAUGGAGCCUAGCAACUGCCCCACGAUUAUCUGUGGCGUGCACUACCUGUACUUCGCCAUCAUCCUGUUUGCCAUUUCUAUCAUCAUCAUCCUUGUCGUCUCCCUCUGCACCAAGCCCAUUCCUGAUGUGCAUCUCUACCGCCUGUGUUGGAGCCUGCGCAACAGCAAAGAGGAGCGGAUCGACCUGGAUGCCACCGAGGAGGACGUCAAUGAAGCCCCAGAGGAGACCUUUGAAAUAGAAGUGGCCGAGGAGAAAAAAGGAUGCUGCAGGAGGGCCUACGACAUGUUUUGUGGCCUGGACCAGCAGAAGGGCCCCAAGAUGACAAAGGAGGAGGAGGCAGCCAUGAAGCUGAAGCUGACCGACACGUCCGAGAAGCCUCUGUGGAGGACAGUGGUGAACAUCAACGGCAUCAUCUUGCUGGCCGUGGCCGUCUUCUGCCACGCGUUUUUCGCCUGAGUCCUGCCUUUGGCCGCCGACCGCUCUCACAAAGGCCAGACUGUUUACUCUGCCCCCCUCUAGUCCCUCCUGGGGUGUUGAGGGGGAACCAGCCGGUUGUAAAUUUUGCCCAGUUGAUAAAUGUGUACAUGUGUUAUUAUAGGAGAGCCGGACCAAGGUAACCAGUUUGCUGUGAACUUAGGUAUUUGAGGCCAGUGUGAGACAGUCAGCUGUACAUAGCGUGUCAGAGCCGCGGGAGAAAAGUCUGCUCAUUGAUGGGAAUGCAGACUGAGAAACAGAACCCUCGAGAUGCUGGGGGCACGUUUGUCUCAGGGCGAUUGGGCGUGUCCACAUUGUUUGUGACCCUUGACUAUUAGUGUCCAGAGUUCUGGCCUCCCUGGUUCCUGCCACUUUCUCUAUCGGAUCCCCCUUAUCCGUGUUUUUUUUUUUUAAAGAAAGAUUUCACUCUUCAUCAUACCCCUGUUAAGUUGUUUUCUUGGCACAAGAAAAACCAAUCUGGUAAACUGA